UAUAUAUAUAUAUUGAGAGAGGGUAUGCUGCAUGUUCUGUUAGUUUCGCUGUAAUGCUCUGCAGGUGCCAACUUUGGCAACACGUGGUGUCCCUCGGCACCCUUGUUCUGGAAGGUGCGCAGGAGGCUCGCGCAGCUCCGCACCCAGCUGCACGACAAGAUCAGAGGCCACCUGCCGGCCCCCCGCGGCGGAUGCGUGCCGAAGCAGGAAGUCGAAGACCAAAUGGCUCAAGUCACUGCGCCCCUGGUCAGGUCCAGGGGUUUAGGGCUCAAGCAGGCCCCCCGUGGCCGACUUUGCGCCCGCGCCUCGCCUGUUCCGCCCCAGGCCCGAGGCAGCCAUUCCGAUAUCCGCUCUUCUGCUCGUGAUGCCGCUCUGUCAGGUCUGUCAGAGCCACGGGGUCAUGGGAGAGGCGCUCCCGGGAUCGGCGUUCUGCGCGGCGCACGGCGCUGCGCACGGCGCGGCGCACGACGGUGACGUGGCGUCGGAGGUCGGCGACACCAGCUUGACUCAGGGCGCCGCGCGCCUUGACAUCGACGACGGCGGCAUCGAGUUUGACGAGGUGGGAGCCGCCGGUCCUGCGGCACCACCAACAGUCUCGGCAGCGAUGCAGAGGGUGACCACGUUCGACCCUCCUGGUCUUGCCUCGGCUACGUUCUCGAUUUCUGACCGGCUCCUGCUGGAAUGGGUGGAGGGCGACGUUUUGCAGCAUCUGGACUUCGUGCAGGCGUCCGCCCUCGCGCAGCCCAUCGCCGCCCAGGUCGCGAUCCAGUGCCCGAGCAUUGGGAUUCACCUCAAGAGCAUCUUGACGCGUCUGGCCUACGACUCCUAGGCUGGGGAUCCGUGGCGCCGACUCGGACUGGCUCUUCUCGAAGGUCUGGAUCCCUCUGAGUCUCGUGACCGCCAGGGGCCGCACAGCGUCGCUUUUGUGCGGUCUUCCGGCCAAGGCGAGCUGGUCUUCUGACGACAAGGCACACGCAGUACAGCAGCUGCCUUCCAGUCGGCGGUCACCCACUGUUUGGAGGAGCUCCCCACAGCCAUGACGGAGCGCCGUCGCUACAAGGCCGCGCGCCUUCCGCUAUGGAAGGAGCUGGGCCGGGACGGGGUCGAGCUCAUGCGCGACACGGCCGUGGAUCCAGAGGAGCUCUUGGCCACUGAAUGAUGGUCCAUACGGGGUGGGCUCACGCUGACAAGGGAGCUCGCGACAAUGGCCGAGAAGGGCGACGACAAGCUGUGGGAGCUGACCAAGUGCUUUCACCUCUCGAUGUGGGUCCCCGAGGACGUGAACGCGAUCUCCGAAAGAGCGUGUUCUACCGC